UUCUUUUUCAUUUUCUCUCUUUCUUUCAACAUCAAGCAAUUUAUAGCACCAAAGAAACAAACAAGUUUCUCACUCUUUCAGCUGACGCCUUAGUUUAGAUUCAUUCAUCUUCUUUUUCACUCUAUUCUUCAUUUUCCUCAUAUUCAUUUCUUAAAACUUUUUCCAAGACUUCCCAUAAAAUCUGAUCCAUUUCUGAAAUCAAUCACUUUGUUUUCCACUUUUUUUCCUUCUGAAUUUGAAGUUGCAAUCUUUUUAGUGAAUUUCUAUUUGGGUUUUUCUAGAUUUUGAAAAAUAGGGGGUGAAUCAAAAAGUUUAUUUUUGAUAUUUUCUUGGAUUUGGGUCUGGUUGUGAGAAGUUUGAAGUGGGUCUUUUAUUAAUCUAAGCAUUUGAUUUGUUGGAUUUUCUUGGAAUUUUUUACCCCAUGAUUGUCCUUUGAAGUGGGAAUUGAUUUGUGUGGUGGAUUAUAUUUGAUAAUUGUGAGAGAUUGAUUUAGAGAGAUGGCUGCAAAAGAGUUGAUAGAGAUCAAAUUCAGGCUUGCUGAUGGCAGUGAUAUUGGACCCAAUAAGUAUAUGCCCAACACCAGAGUUGAUACUCUUAAAGAAAAGAUUAUUGCUCAGUGGCCCAAAGAUAAAGAUUAUGGGCCAAAGACAAUAAAUGAUGUGAAGCUUAUUAAUGCUGGAAGGAUACUUGAGAAUAAUAAAACACUUGGUGAAUCCAGACUUCCAGUUGCUGAAGUACCAGGAGGUGUCAUAACUAUGCAUGUUGUUGUACGCCCUCCUAUGAAUGACAAAAGCAGUGAUAAACUGCAGGACGAUUCCCUGAAGAAAGGCAGCUGUGGAUGCACAAUAUUGUGAUCCAUCUGACCAGAUAAUAAGAAUUACGCCAUGUUUAGUAAGAUCCCAUAGCUCAUGGAUUUUUCAGUAGCGGAACUUUUGGAUGCUUUAAGAAGUAAUCUUGAACGUUAGUGGAAUCCAAGAUGUGAAAUGACGAAAUUUGAAGUUCAAAUAUCAUUGAAGCUCUUUGCUUUUACCUUUUUUCCUUCUCUUUUCAUUGUUUUACCUUUAGAUUUCAGCUUGGUAAUCUAGAAGGCAAAAAGGGAUUGGUGCCAUUGCUGUGUAGGAACUUCUGUGGAAAGGAUGUAAAAGUUUUACUUUCUUUUCCAGGUGGGGGUAUUGGUAUUGGGGGCAAACUAGUUACAAGCACAAACGAACCAAAAGAGCUGUUAAAAAUCAUAGAUGGUUUGAUUUCAUUUGAUUCCAAAUUCAGGCAUUUGUACCUUGUUACGCUAUUUCUUCUGUUAUUGAAGCUCCAUUGUCUAUGGCA